AUGAUGCAGUUUUUACAAAAUGCGAUUCCUAAAAAAAAUGUUACAAUUACAAUAAAUCUCAAUGGAGAGAUUUACGCUAAAGAAGAGUUAAAUUCAGAAAAAUCACUUGCCUGGGUUCGAAAAAAUUUAUCAAAUUUGCAUACAAAAGAUGGUUUUCCUAAAGAAAUAUCCGAAGUAAAAUUUUUAGAUAAGAUGGGUGACGUUAUCUCCCAAAAUGACGAAGAGAAUUAUAAAUUGGCGAAUGUUCUUGAUAAUAAAAAUAUUUUAUAUAUCGUAUAUAAGAAAGAACUUUUAUCUAAACUAGUUAAAGACCAACAUGUUAAUACUGAUAUUGAAGUGACGAUAAAAAUAGAAGAAAAACCUAGUUUCAUUGAAUUUCUAGAUAUAUCCAAGGGGAAUGAAGAAAACUAUACAUUGAAACAAGUGCUUCAAAGUGAUGAAGGUAAAAGUAAUAUUUUAAAAGUUAAACAAGAUUCAUCUAUUAGCGAAUCAGAAAUUAAUGAAAAUUGUAAAUUGGAAUAUGGAAUUAAGAUUGACGGUAGACCUAAUGAAAAGGCUUUUGAAUUCAAACAAGGGCUGGAAAUUACAAUACACGAUGAACCUAAACACCAUAGUAAAAGCAUUAGAGAAAGUAUCGCUUAUGAAAGCAAUUACAAUAAAGAUUUUUCUUUUGAUAUAAAGGCUUAUGCGAAGUUACCUUGGUUAUCAGCCAAUUUUGCUGCAUCAUAUGAGCAAUCAAAAGGAAGAAUAAAUAAUAAAAAAUAUGAUAAAAGUGAAGAUAUUGACUUGAAAGAAUAUGCCGUAAUAAAAAUGGAUAAUGUUGUUCCAACUGAGGAAUUUGUUAAAAGAGUGAGCAGUGCCUUAAAGAGUUAUAAUUCCAUUGAAGAACUUAAAAAGGUCUGCAAUGAGUAUGGAGAUUUUUGGGCACGUAAAGUGUACUUAGGAGGAAAAAUCGAGAAAAUUCAAACUAAAUUAAUAGAAUCUAAUGUGCAAACCGGUCAAAAAACAAUAAAAACUGAUGGUGGAAUUGGGAUGGAAAAUACUUUAGGUGCAAAUUUGCAGUAUAACAGUACAGCAAGUAAAACAGAUACUGACACAAAAAGUAUUGUCGAGUCUGAAUCCAUUGGAAGAAAUAUUAAGAAUCUUGAUGAUUAUCACAAUUGGAAUAUAAUUAAAUAUGAAGACAUGGUUCUGAUUUUUGAAAUUCUAAAAAAAGACGAGAAACAUCUUGAACUUUAUAAACAAGUUCUUAAAACUUUAGGGAAAAAGAUUCUUCAUUUUGAAGUAAGAACUUUAAAGCCUGAAGAUUCGGAACUUCUCAAGUUAAACAUACCAAAUAAAUUUCAAAAAGAAAACCCUGAAAAUUGUCAAAUUUUUGCGACCAUAAUAAAUAACAAAUGUAAUCACAAAGGUACAUUUUCUGUUCAAGUGCUUACUUUCUCCGGUGGUGCCUUUCUUAAAAUCCACCGGGUCGGAAAGUAUAAUAAACGAAAAUAUCCUUUAAAAAUAUGCUGGGGAAUUAUUGGCAUUCCUACCGAUUUUGAUCUUUAUCAUCAUAAAGACAGUUGUGUUUCAGGAUUAUUGAAGCUUACAACUAAAGAUGCCGCUUUUAAACCAUUAGAUAAUACUGAUACUUCUUUUGAAGAAACUCCACCCGUGUUAUAUUAUAUUUCGAUCCCCAGCAUCAGAGUAAAUUAA